UAACCGAAAGAUUCAUUUUGGUACAGCUAAAAUCUUCAAAUCAAGUCCUUUCAAUUGUUUUUCUUUCCAGGUUUCGGGGACUCUUCUUGAACUAGUUUUCGAUCUCACCUCAGUAAUCAAUGGCUAGUCUUUACAGAGGACCGUCGAGGAAAGACAAGCAGAAGGGAAGACACCAUGGAUUAAGCCAACAGAAGAGGCAGGAGAUUAAGGAAGCUUUUGAACUGUUUGACACUGAUGGAUCAGGUACCAUUGAUGCCAAAGAGCUUAAUGUUGCUAUGAGGGCUCUCGGUUUUGAAAUGACAGAAGAGCAAAUCAAUCAAAUGAUUGCGGAUGUUGACAAGGAUGGCAGUGGUGCCAUUGAUUUCGAUGAAUUUGUGCACAUGAUGACUGCCAAGAUUGGCGAGAGGGACAGUAAAGAGGAGCUUAUGAAAGCAUUCCAAAUCAUCGAUCAUGAUAACAAUGGAAAGAUAUCUCCUGAAGAUGUUAAACGCAUUGCAAAGGAGCUUGGUGAACACUUCUCCGACAAGGAUAUUCAAGACAUGAUCGAAGAAGCUGACCGAGAUCAUGAUGGGGAGGUAGGUAUCGAAGAGUUCACGAGGAUGAUGAAGAGAACUUCUUAUGGCGGAUAUUAGAGGUUCGACGUACGGCUGGAGGGAGCGUUCAAUAGCUGCAGCUGUGGCAUAUUGUAUAAAUAAAUUAAAAACAUGUGCAUGGAUUUAUAUAGUAGGUUUGAAUAUAAUUGGUCAUGACUUUUAACC